AUGGCUGAACGAUACAUCCCGGAGCAUCGCCGGACGCAGUUCAAGGCAAAGAACACCUUCAAGCCCGAAGAGCUUCGCCGCCGCCGCGAGGAACAACAAGUUGAGAUUCGCAAGGCGAAGCGCGAGGAGAACCUGGCAAAGCGUCGUGGCAUUGGGUCCGGUGAGAACCGCCCUGGUGCUGCUCUUGGAGCUGCUCCCGACAGUGAUGACGAGUCCGCUCCUACCGAGUCUCAGUUGAAUGAGGAUCUUCCUCAGAUGGUUAGCGGAGUCUUCUCUGACCAGAUUGACCAACAAAUUCAAGCCACUACCAAGUUCAGAAAGUUGCUCUCAAAGGAGCGAAAUCCUCCCAUCGAAGAAGUUAUCAAGACCGGUGUCGUCAGCCGAUUCGUCGAGUUCCUCAAGUCCCCCCACACCCUUGUGCAGUUCGAGGCUGCUUGGGCCCUCACAAACAUUGCCUCCGGCUCUGCAACCCAAACGCAGGUCGUUAUCGAGGCUGGAGCUGUCCCCAUCUUCGUCGAGCUCCUUUCUAGUCCUGAGCCUGAUGUCAGGGAACAGGCUGUCUGGGCUCUCGGCAACAUUGCUGGUGACAGCCCCAGCUGCCGUGACUAUGUCCUCGGCUGCAAUGCCCUGAAGCCUCUGCUCAACCUGCUUGGCGACAGCCGCAAACUUAGCAUGCUCCGCAACGCAACCUGGACCCUCAGCAACUUCUGCCGUGGCAAGACCCCCCAGCCCGACUGGAACACAAUUGCUCCUGCCCUUCCUGUGCUGUCAAAGCUCGUCUACUCUCUCGACGAUGAGGUUCUGAUUGAUGCUUGCUGGGCUAUUUCAUACCUCUCCGAUGGCUCCAACGACAAGAUCCAGGCCGUUAUCGAGGCUGGCAUUCCUCGACGCCUGACCGAACUUUUGAUGCACGCUUCCACCUCUGUCCAGACUCCUGCUCUUCGCUCUGUUGGUAACAUCGUCACCGGCGAUGAUGUCCAGACUCAGCUCAUCAUUAACUGCGGUGCCCUGCCCUGCCUGCUCUCCCUCCUUAGCUCCACUAAGGAUGGCAUCCGCAAGGAGGCAUGCUGGACCAUCUCCAACAUCACUGCCGGCAACUCAUCCCAGAUCCAGGCUGUCAUUGACGCCAACUUGAUCCCUCCUCUGAUCCACCUCCUUCAGAAUGGUGACCUCAAGACUCGAAAGGAGGCUUGCUGGGCCAUCAGCAACGCCACCUCUGGCGGUCUUCAGAAGCCUGAGCAGAUCCGCUACCUGGUUGCCCAGGGCUGUAUCAAGCCUCUGUGCGAUCUCCUUGUGUGCCCUGACAACAAGAUUAUCCAGGUCGCUCUGGAUGGCCUCGAGAACAUUCUCAAGAUCGGUGACCUCGACAAGCAGGCUGCUGGUGAGGGUGCCGAGUCCGUCAACCGCUUCGCUCUGUUCAUCGAGGAGUGCGGUGGCAUGGAGAAGAUUCAUGACUGCCAGAACAACGCCAACGAGGAGAUCUACAUGAAGUCUUACAACAUCUUCGAGAAGUACUUCUCUGAUGAGGAGGAGAACGCCGACGAGGGAAUGGCACAGCCCACUGGCCCCAACGGCACCUUUGGCUUUGGUGCCAAUGGGCCCGCACAGUCUGGCGGCUUCAACUUCGCCAACGGUGGCGACUCGAUGGACAUGUAA